UUGAAUGCAGACAGUACCCCAACCGCAUCGGAAGAAUUUGCGCUUGCCCAGGUGGGACUGGGCAAAAGACAUAUAUCGAUGCCCCUGGACAUGAGCCAUGAAGAGUUCUUCAGUCUCCUGAAAAAGGAAUAUCCAAAGUUGCAGGCGCUGGAUGGAGGAUGGCUCCUCUACAAAUCAACAGGAGGUCAGGGUAAACGAAAACUUAUAAUGAUUCCGCCUGACUCGGACGGAUACACCGGCACACUCCUCCGCAGUGUCACAGGGGCAGGGAAGAACACCCUGUAUAUUGUCCCUCUGCAGCAUGAAUUCGACUUAACACCUUUGCCCGCGGAUGCUGUAGAGUUCCAGAAUAUGCCAAAAGCCCAAUGCCAAACAUGCAAGUUGCAUUUUCCUCUGCAAAUUUUGGCUCUGCAUGUCCAGGAGUGUCUAUCAUCGGAAGAAGACAUUGAGAAGGUGCCAUGUCCCAUCUGCUUCGAGAGCUUCACACCACAGUUUUUAGAAAUACAUGCAAGCAUGUGUGGAGAAAGAGAUCAACAUGUCCGUCUGGAUGAGAAAACUGACAUGGGCCACAACGAUGGAAAGGCAAUGGAUAGGCAAUUCGAAAGAGGCCUUCUACAGUGGCAGCGUCAAAAAGGCAGUUCACCCACAGCUACCCUGAACGUGACCUUCUUUGGGGAGGCAGGAGUCGACACAGGAGCCCUCCGAAAAGAAUUUCUCACAGAAGUGGUGGCAGGAAUUGAGGGUCGUUUCUUUGAAGGACCUCAACAGCAGCGGAUCCCACGGUACUCUCUGAAUGACUUAGACAGUGACCUCUACAGGACAGUGGGAGAGAUUUUGGCUGUUAGUUUGGCACAAGGUGGCCCCGCCCCUGCCUUCUUCAGCCCAUGGACUUACAGUUACCUCUGUAGUGGACGUAUAAACCAGAAGGUUCUCAACAGUGAUUCAGUGGCAGAUGUCCAGCUGAGAGAGUUAAUUGACCAGGUUGAGUCGGCGACUGAGCAUUCAAUUAUAGGCCUAUCUGAUGAAAUAUUGAAUUGUGGAUAUACUGGAAAUGUCUCCAUUCCAAACAAGGACACUAUUGUUCGUUCCAUCAUACUCCACGCAGUGCUGCGGCUGCAGCCUAUGUUGGAACAACUAAGGGAAGGCUUGCAGCUGUAUGGACUCCUUUCACUGAUGAGUCAGUACCCAGAUAUCUGCCAGCCCUUGUUUGUUUCUGGGGAAGAUGUAAAAGUCAAUGCAGAGUUUGUCAUGACAUCCAUUCUUCCUCAACUGAGUGACAAAGGGACUACCAGGCAUCAGGUUGAGCUGGAGAUGAUGAACUUCAUUCAGGACUUCCUAUAUGAAGCUGAAGAUCAUGGGCAUGUAGAUAAAGAUGGCCUACAUUACAGGCCAUCACACCUGCAACGUUUCUGCAGUGGAUCACAGGCCAGGGUCACGUCCCACUUCUUCCCUCAGAGAAGAAGGACUUUGCAGUUGUGAUCCAAUUCAAUCAUGACUGCAGUGCAGACUUUGGGCAUCACAGUGUCUGUUACCCUGUUGUGACAGCAUGUGCCAAGACAAUCACCUUACCUGUGAGACAUAUGAGGCCCUAUGAAAAAUUCAAAAACAUCCUGACUGAAGCGUUUCAAUUAGGCCAAGAAUUUAGCAAUGUGUAAUAAGGUAACCAUUAACGACCUCUGUUCCAAGUUAACCUUACUGUUUAAGUGUUAAAGGUUUAGCAUUGACUGCUUCCAGUCAAGUAAUCUUAAAAAAAAAUGUAAUGGCAGCAAUAGAGUGGUGCAGUGAUGACGUGUUUUU